CGAACGAACACCGAUUCGAAACGGGGGUUGCAGACGAGCUUGCGCGACAGUAUCCACUUCUGGACGCAAAGGUCACGGCAUUGUUUCCACGGUUCUCUAAACAUGGCGUUCGGACGUUCCUGGAUCGUAAUAUUUCUAUGUCUGGUCAGCCUGCAACGAACAUUCAGCAAGUUAUCGUUCUUCACUUCGUCCACGUCACCGCCUGAGAUUUCCACGUAUAAAUCCCGGUGGGCAACUCAAUCGAGUACACGACUUCCGAAGAACCAACCUCAAACUGAAUGCGUGGAUUCGUAUGUUGCCCUGAAUUUCACGGGGAUCGGUCUGCAAAGGAUCGGCGACAGAUUCGUGAACGGUCCGAGAGUGAUCGAGCUACACCUGAACGGUAACAACAUCACCGAUGUAUCGUGCGCGGCGUUCGAUCAUCUGCCGAAUUUGAAGGUGUUGAGUCUGAACGGUAACAACAUCUCGGUGGAUCGUUUGCUCUUGUUCGAUCACAACGGGCUACGGAAGCUUGUUCUUGACGACAACAACAAGUACUGCGGUGACGAUUUCAUCGUCGAUAGGUAUCUACGAGCGUUGCCGUCUCUCCUGGAAUUGCAUCUGAGACGAAAUCAAAUCACACGUUUCACCGUCAGCUUGAAAACAUUCUCGCCCCGACUGACGAAUCUCUAUCUCUCCGGGAAUAAAAUCGAAUCGGUGGAUUUCCUCGACUAUUCGCCGAGUACCUUGACGCACCUACACCUGGACGAUAAUUCGAUCGGAAAUGUGAAGACAGCUAGUUUGAUGAAUAUCGUGGAGCUGACCGUGAGUGGGAACAAGAUCGAGGAGCUGUGCGCCAGCGGAUGUUCUGGCUCGUCCCUUGCCUUGAAGAACAUGCCAAGGUUGAAGAGUCUGAAUGUGUCGCGUAACAGGAUCAGUGAGAUCGCGGAGGACACGUUCGUGGAUAACAAAGACCUCGAAUUAUUGGACCUGUCCGUGAAUAAGAUCGCCAAAUUACCCAGCAAGCUGUUCAACGCGCUGUUGAAGAACCUUCUGGAGCUUCGUAUCAGCCAUAAUUCGUUGACCUCUAUACCGAAUUUAUGCUCGUUGCAGCACUUGAGACGGUUGGAUUUAAGGGGGAACCUGAUUUCGGCCAUCUUUAGGGAGAACUUUUGCAGACAUAUGACGCACCUAAAGACUCUAAUUCUGGCCGAUAAUCAUAUCACCAAUGUAGACGCGAACGCGUUCGCGUUGCUGCACUCGUUGCACACGUUGGAUCUGUCGAGCAACCGGAUGACCGAAAUUCCUGCCGGGCUGAUCACCAACGCGAGUUCCACGAAGGUGAUCCUGAUGAGGAACAACAGCAUCGAGACGCUUGACACGCUGCGCAACGAGAAAUCGCAUUUGGAGGAGCUACAUCUUCAGGAGAACCCAUUGCUACAUUUGAAGGUGUCCUGGUGGCACGCGGAAAAGCUGCCGCAUCUGGUCCUGCACUUGAAGGAUCGACAGUGGAUUAAACAGGCCGAGAAUAAGACGCAGGAAAAAUCCGAAGAAUAUUGUUCGUUGAAGAAGGAAAAUACCGACAAUGUAUGGGUCUAACAAAUACAGAAUCCACCAAGUAACGUUACUGCCUGCUUUCCAAUUGGAGAUAGACGAAUCGAACUACUACGAGGACCACCAUGGGAACGAUCGAUGAACAGUUCGUUCGAUUGACAUUCUAAUAAAUUAAAAUAAUAUCGUUUGAAGUACUAACAUUAUUCUGUUUAAGACAAGAUACUAACACUAGCUUUAUUAUUGACGUUUCGUGUAAAGAACACUGCCGAUGAGAAAUAAAAUUUGGU